AUGGACGCUGCUGCGAUCAGGAAUGAUCUUGUUGGGUUAGCACAGCGUCGUGAAACGACGAACUUUCUGGAGGCGGUUCGGCGGAUCUUAUCGAAGCAUGGUCAGGACGUGGCGUUAUUGGACAGUUUGCAUAUCUUGCACAUUAGCGUGUGGUUGACUGAGACGGGAGACGUGUUAUGGAAGGAGUUACUGGCAGUGGGUUGUAAUCCCUUCGCGUGUGAUUUCAAUGGAGACACAUCUCUACACUACGCCAUUCGUUCUAUUAAUAUUAGGUAUAUACAGUUCCUUCAUGCCAAACUUGGGGACUCGGUACUUAACUGCGUAAACCAUCAACUAUGCAACCUUCUCAUUACCUGUUGUGCUGAAACCCCUGACGAACGCUCAUUCGACAUACUCAUGGCUCUCGAAUGGAUGUACCUGAAUGGCAUGCCUCUUGAGGCACAAGACUCACAGGGCAAAACCGCUCUCAUGUGGGCAGCCCAGAGGAACUCCCUCACUAUCUGCCACUGGCUACUCAGCAGGGGCGCCCAUCUCGCUCAUCGAGACCACAUGAACCGUACCGCGUUGCAUGUCGCCUGUUCGAACGGGAACUAUGACGUUGCCCUAUUUUUAUGUCAGAAGGGCGCGGUGAAUUUGGUGCAUGCGGAGAGUCAUGACGACAAGCGGAUUAAUACGCCAGUGAAAAUAGCGUGGCAGCGAGGACAUUUAUGGCUGGCGUUGAGUUUAUUGAGUUGGCGUUCAUGCUACGCUUUAACGGGACACUGUAGUUUCCUUACAAGUGCGUAUGCUUGGGUGGCAUUCGGAUUGUUAAUUUGGAAUUUGGUGUGUGGCGAGGCGACAUUUUGGCAGAUGUCACGAUAUGGUUGGGAAUCGCUAACAUUGGGGCGGUUGUGGAUGGGAUUUACUGUCUUGAUGGUGUUGACAACGGGUUGCUGGGUGAUUGCGGCGAAGAAAGAUCCGGGGUCAGUGCGUCCUCAGCAACAAGUAUUACCAUGCCAGACGAUCUACUGUUCAGACUCGGGGGAACGGGACUUGUCGUUGUUCGAGAAGACACCAACUGGGACAGUAGCCGGUGGGCGAUCAGCCACACAUCUACCUGUAGGUAUCGGGGGAUUGCAUAAACUCGAAGUUGCCUCCAAGAAAAUCGCACUUCAAAUCGCCGUCUUAAACAGGCAAAUACAUGGCGUCGUUCGUAAAGAAGUUAAGGCCAAAUUAGAAAGCAUGAUGCACGCUCUUGCACAGAUCGCUGAAGAUAUGAACCUACUACGACCCCGGGUCGCUCUCGAACGCAAAAACUGCGACCCGGCACCCUAUGUCGAACGCGUACUCGGCGGCCGCGGACCACUACCCAACGUUUGUCUCACCUGCCACGAUGUAAAAAAUAUACGCCAACACCACUGCAGCGAAUGCGGCGUCUGCGUACAACGAUUCGACCACCAUUGCGUCUGGGUUGACAAUUGUAUCGGACUCAAAAAUCAAAGGUCAUUCCUCUUCUUCCUCUAUUCCAUGGUCGCGUCUCUACUCUACUACUUCGCAGUCGCUGCCAUCUACAUACGAGCCUCCCUCACCAAACGCGAACCACUGGACAACGGUGCCACCGACUACUUCACUCGCAACCUCCUCGCACUUCUACUCUCCCCGUUGUUCUACUUGGUUUUGAUGAAUUGUGUAAGCAACAUUCUGUGGUUAUGUUUCAGCGGGUUCCUGUUGAUCAGGACUACACGGUCGAUGAUCACAGACGUAACUUUCUACGAGCUCAUAAAGCGGUCGAGUUACAUUGAACACCGCUUCGGUAAGGCGGCAGGCCCAAAUCGACGCAGGAGCGGCGCCUGUUGCACUGCUGAUGGCUACGGCUGGGACUUUGCGGACUGUACCUUGGAUCGCUGUGUGAUGAACUCUUUGUACUUCCUCGCGCAAAGCAAUGGUCGUGAUGAAGUCAAUUACAAACAAGACAUGGCCCUGUCGCCGCUCCUCGCGGCGAAAGACGAGGAAUUGCCUAUUGGCUACGACGCGCCUAUCGACUGGCGGUUCUCCAACAUGCCUCGGCGAGGCUCCGCUCCCAUCUACCCAGCCGCUUUUCAUGAGAUAUAA